AUGGAUUUGAUCUAUGAACAAUCUGCUAAUUCAAAAACCAACGAAUCUCAAGAAACAUUAAAAGCAACAAACUCUAAUGACCCUUCAAAUGAGUUAAACAAGAAAACUGAAGAGUCUUUUGAGAAAUUUGAAAAUGAAGUUUCAAAAACUUACGAUGCCAUUGAGACUAAAGCUUCAACAUGGGGUGCUUCAUUUGGUUCAUUUAUAAGUAAUUUCAAAGUCAAUGAUUACAUUAAUGAAACACGAAAACAAGUUGAGAACUUUCAUUUAGAUGAAAAAGUUAAUUUAACAAAAUCCACAGUUACAAAGAAGUUUGAAGAAAUACAAAGUAGACUUGUUAAUGAAGAAAAUACAACCAAGUCAAAAAACAUGUGGAGUUUGUUAUCAAAUAAAACAAAUACAUAUUUGGAUGAAUUGGAUAAGGAAUUAGAACAAGUUGAGACGUUUGCAGGUUCAUAUGUUAACAAAUUCGGUCAAUUUAUCAAGGACUCAAUUGUAAUUUCGAAUCCUGAAGAUGAGGACGAAUUGAUUGAUGAUAGUGAAGGUGAUUUGUUAUUCAAUGUUUUAGAUGAUUCCAAAUCAAGACCCCAGAAAGUUACAUCAACAAGAACUGAAGCUCAAUUAUAUGCAUUACAUACAUCACCAGAAUUAUAUCUUACAAAUGCUCAAGAUGAAACAUAUGAUCAAUUCAAGAAAAGUUUCAAAUUGGAUUCCAAAACUGAAGAUAUUGCAGCUUUAUUGAAACAAAAUGUUGAAUUGAACAAACUUUCAACAAGUAUAGUCCCUGAAAAAGUCAAAUAUGACGAGUUUUGGACUAGAUAUUUCUAUCUAUACGAUAAAAUAUUGAAAGAAGAAUCCAAUCGUAAAAAAUUAUUGAAAAAGGGAAAUGAUACAAAUGAAACAAAAUCUGAAAAUGUUGAAUGGAGUGACGAAGAAGAAGGUGAUGAAAAUGAUGAAGCUAAAAAUAAACAUGAAAAAUCAACAACUUCUAGUGAAGGUACCUAUGAGCUAAAAUCUGUUAAUUCAUCAACUUUAGAUGUUACAAAAGAAGCUAGAAACACGAAAAAUAAGGAUAAAACAAAUUCAAACAAAAAUGAUGACAACGAUGACGAUGAAGACGAUGAUGAUUGGGAAUAA